AUGCAGCAGGAUUCGGUGGUUUCGGCCAACAAAAUAGUUACUUCUUCCAACCCCUUCGGCCAGCCCGCUCAACCUGCCAACCCAGCUCCCGGUGGUCUCUUCGGCGGGGGUGCUCCAGCUGCAGGCGCCCAGCAAACUGCAAGCGGAUCCUUGUUCGGUGGCGGAGCCGCUCAACCGGCAGCAGGCGGGUCGCACUUUGGCGGUGGAGCGGCUCCAGCUGCACCAUCCGGCGGAUUCUCUUUCGGCAGCGGCGCCCCAUCAGCCCCUUCAUCCCUAUUUGGCGGAUCGCAACCUGCAUCAACAGUGACCGCACAAGCACCCUCACCAGCCCCCAGCUCCUCGGCAUUCAGCUUCGGCGGCGCGCCUUCGAGCGGUAACGGCGCGGCACCGGCGGCACCCGCAUCGGGUGGUAUGUUUGGCGGGUUUGGCGCUGGCGCAUCGGCACCAUCAGCUCCUGCUGCCGGCUCGGCGACACCAGCGGCCAAGACGGGCUUCUCAUUUGGUGGCGCGGCGUCAACGACCCCUGCGGGUGCUCCCCCAACGACCAAUCUCUUCGGUGGUGCUGCCAAGCCAGCGGCUGGAGGAAGCCUUUUCGGAGCACCCGCUGCUGCCCCGGCUGCUGGAGGAGGUCUUUUCGGUGGAGCUGCACCCGCUGCUCCAGCUUCAGGCGGUAGUCUGUUCGGGGGGGCAUCUGCUGCUCCAGCAGCUGGUGGCCUCUUCGGGGGUGCUGCACCGGCUGCGGCUCCAGCUGCUCCAGCGACCGGCGGCGGCCUUUUCGGCGGUGCAGCUCCUGCUGCUGCACCUGCGGCAUCCUCCGGAGGCUUCUCUUUCGGCGCACCCAAGCCAGCCGCCGCUGCCCCUGCCGCCCCUGCUACUCCCGCACAAACGAGCAAUCUCUUCGGCGGAGCCGGAUCCACUACACCGGCAGGAGCACCUCCAGCCGGCGGAUCCAGUAUGUUCAGCUUCGCAGCAAAACCUGCCGAACCAGCACCGGUAGCUGCAGCGGCUGCACCUCCAGCGGCACCCGCAGCCUCAGGUGGAGGUCUCUUCAGCUUUGCCUCAAAGCCUGCUGAACCCGCUGCCGCUGCCGCCGCCGCACCAGCAGCAGCACCAGCAGCAUCAUCCGGCGGUCUUUUCUCGGGACUCGGUCAAAAACCUGCGGCGCCCGAAGCACCCAAAACUGGCGGCUUCAGCUUCGGUGCACCAAGCGCAGCAUCCACAUCUACCGCUGGAGCAGCUGCACCCGCCGCUCCCGCCGAAGCUCCCAAAUCCACCGGGUUUAGCUUUGGCGCACCCGCUGCGUCUGCUGCUUCCGCUGCGCCGGCUGCUGGAGCCGCCGCUGCCAAGCCCGCAGAAGCACCAAAAGCCGCCGGCGGAUUUAGCUUUGGUGCUGCUCCCGCCGCACCUGCUGCAGGGGCGAGCACGGAGGCACCUAAGACGGGCGGGCUGUUCUCUGGUCUCGGUGCCGGCGCAGCGGCCAAACCUGCCGAGCCUGCAGCUGGCGGAUCGGGAUCGCUCUUUGGCGCUCCUGCUGCUGCGUCUACAUCCGGUACACCAGCUGGCUCGAGCCUUUUCGGCGGUGCAAAAUCCACCACAGCACCGGCUGCUGCGUCAUCGUCGACUACUCCUGCACCGGCGGCCGGAGCGGCGGCUUCUACAUCAACGGCUACUGAGCCUGCACCGAACCUGCUGCGCGGAAAGACACUGGAGGAUAUCGUCGAUACAUGGAGUAAAGAUCUGGAGGUGCAGGUCCGGGAAUUUGAGAAGCAAGCGGGAGAAGUGAGGGAAUGGGACAAGGUAUUGGUGCGGAAUGGCAACCAGAUCACGGGUCUUCAUCGUCAAGUACAAGAAGCACAGCAGAACCAGGCGGCUGUAGAUAAAGCGCUGGACUAUAUCGAGACGCAACAGAAACAGCUGGAUGCGAUGUUGACGCACUAUGAGCGGGAGAUUGGGGCGUCGACGAAUGAUUCGAGCAAGCCAUUGGCGGCGAAGGCUCCGGCGGACAAGGAGAGGGAGAAGGCGUACAAUCUCGCCGAAGACCUCAAUAAACAGCUAGACGACCUCUCGCGCAAUCUCACCCAAAUGAUCGACACCGUCAAUACUCUUUCCGCACCCCAACCGACGACUAGAGCUCGGACGAACGGUACCAACCCAACGGCGGCGGAAGUGGAGGCGGCGAGUCAGAUGCCGGAUGAUCCGGUCAAUCAACUGUCGGCGAUUCUGGGGGCGCAUCUGAGGGCGUUGGGGAGUAUUGAGCAGGGGACGGGCAAGUUGGAGGGCAAGGUGGAGGAGCUGGAGGGGAGGAUGGGGGUUGCGGGGCGGGCGAGGCGGUGA